CCAACACUGUCCAAAAACAUAUGUUUUAUCCACAGAGUGCGCUGUUAAUUAAUAUUGAAAACACUUGAUUAUUUUUAUUUAACGCAUCCUUAAUAAUGGAUAUUUCGGCGCUGUCGGAGCCAGUCUUCAGUGCCUCGGAUUGGAUAAAUGCAAACUACAAGAAAUACACGAGUGAAAAUGGUAAAAAGGAUAGUGCAACUGCCACAUCGUUCAUACAAAGCUACGUGGCCAAGUUGCAGUUGUAUGUUCAGCAAGUGAACUAUGCUGUCGAGGAUUCUAGCCAGCAGGUUGUGGCCAGUAUGCCGCGUAUUGCCAAGGAAGCAGCAACGCUGCAAUGCGAUGUUGCAAUGCUGCAGCAAAAAAUGAGCGCAAUGCGUCAAGAAGUUGCCGCUGUGCAGGAGGAGACGGGUGACUGUAUGGCCACUUUGGAGCGCCUCAACACGUUGCAGAGCAAACUACAGGCGGCCAAGGAAUCAUUGCAGGAGUCUGAUGGUUGGGGUAACUUACUGGCUGAACUGGAGGAUUGCUUCGAACGCAAUGAUCUAAAGGGAGUGUGCGAUAAGCUGACGGCGCUGCAGAAAUCACUGCAGGCACAGGAACAGCUGCCUGGACAUGCUGAACGUCAAACCCAGGUGGAGGAUUUUAAGAACCGACUAGAAGCCAUGGCUUCACCUAGCUUGGUGCAGUGUUUUGCUGAGUCCAAUUUGGAACAAUCACAAAAGCAUGUGGAAAUCUUUAGCAGCAUUCAGCGAUUGCCUCAACUGCAUCAAUACUAUCGUGCCGUUCAGAAGAACGUUCUUCAGCAGCAGUGGAAGCAAACACUGGAACUACAAGUCUCUGACUCCCAACAGACGCAGCAUCAACAUUUCUUAACACUCUUCUAUGACCAGCUGUUGGAUCACUGUCAGCGCCAGUUGAAAUGGUGCGUUCAAUUGUUUGGGGACGAAUCAUCGGACGUGGCUCAAUCCCAACCAUUUCUGGUGCUUGCCGAGCUGUUGCCGGCACUGCAACCAACACGGGAUGCUCAUAUACUGCAGCUGCUGAAGACAUCGAACGAGCGUCUGGAACUGUUGGGACAAUAUGCUCAGGCGAAUCAAAGCUUUGUGCUUCAUCUCAACUCCAUGCUCGAGCAGUCACAUAUUGUAUUACCGUCAGACUUGCAACGCCAACUGGGUGAAGCUAUCUUUGAGUAUUUCCACAAGUUUAUUAAUCAAUAUCCACGCCUAGAGGAAACACAGCUUUCAACCCAAGUUGACCGCUUGCUGUCAAAUCAGGCCACACCAAGUGAUGCAGUUCAUCAUCUGGAGGACAGCACACGCAAACUGUAUGAAUGGCUUCAGCAGGCAUGUGCACGCUGUGCCUCCAUAACUAACGAUCUGGCCCUUUGCAAGCUCAUCACGGUGCUUAAUGGCAUUUUUAAGCGACAGCUGGAGAAUUUCAAUCGCACACAACGCCAGCUUAGCCUCAGCCUCGGCAGCAGCAACAGCGCAGGAUCGGGAGCAGCUCGAAGCGAAAACUGGUCUCUGCUGCAAUACACCAUGUCGCAAUUGCAGUGCCUAGCGGACUUUCAGUUGCAGCUCCAUCAAUUCGAGCAGAUAUUGCAUACCCGAAUGGUCACGUUGUCAAACCGACUGCAAAAGACCUCGACUGGCAAUGCCAUUAGCAUCUAUCAAACCUGUGAGCGCUCGGCACACACCCAGCUGCUCGCUAACAUCUCUGAUUAUCAGACAAAGCGGGCAGAGGCUUCGACAGCCACCAGUGCCGACAGUCUGGGCAUCUUUCCACAGAUCUACGCCACAUUGAAGACAUACCUGGCCGAGACGCACGACAUUACGUUGAAUAUAUUGCUGCAGCCCAUUGAGGUGCAUCUGGCGCACAUUCGUCCGCCCGUGGAGGCGCAUACCUCAGCAGGAAUUAACAUGCCCGCCUUUAGUUUUGCGCCUCAGGAGAGCAUCACACAGAUUGGCCAGUAUCUGCUCACUCUGCCGCAACAUCUGGAGCCUCUGCUGUUAUCCCCUUCGGCGCUUCUCAAGCAGGCGCUGGAACUUUGCAACAUCAAAUACACUCAGGCAAUUCCCUGUGCUGACGUUCUCCUCUCCCUGGUCGUGGAGCAAUGCUGUGUUCUGUAUCAGGCUCAGAUACUGCAGGUCAAGUCAUUACCUGCCUCCUCUGCCACUCAGCUUAGCGUGGACAUUGAGUACUUAUCGAAUGUGCUGGAGGAACUCGGUCUAACCAUUAACUUGCAGCUAUCACAGAUUCUAAUUCUACUUAAGGCUGCACCCGAGCAAUAUCUAAGCUUGAGCAGUGGAUGUGAGCCGCGUCUGGUCACAGCUAUAAGGCAAAUGCGCAAUAUUAUAUCCACACAAUAGUUUAAGUCUUGUCUCCAGUACACAUACUAUAUGAUACCCUAAAAGAAUUAUGACAAUUAAAAUUAAUAAUACCAAAAUUUAAAAAUUUGCAGCACAAAACUAGGUAUAGGUAAUCAUAAUUAGAAAACUAGAGAUAGAAAAGCAGUCAUUAGAAAUCCCGAAACAAUUUUAUUUAAUAAAAUAUCGAAUUACUUUUAAUAAAAUAUUUUCGAUUUCUGACUUUGCACUUUAA